UACACAUUCGCGUAUUGUGUUUGAGCUUGUUGUCAGUCGACAGUUGGACUCGUCAAGUGAACUACAAAAACGUUAUAGGCGUUCAUAACGCAGAGUUACUGCCAAACGCUAUAAAUUAUAUAUUGAGUUGAUGUGAAAUUGUGUUUUGAGUCUAUAUUUUAAGUGUCCAAAACAAGCAUAGAUGAAAGUGUAGUGACCAGUUUCUAGUUUAUUACGUGUGUGCGUGUCGCUGUGCAACGUUCUAAGCUGUUUUUGUGAAUAGUAUAAGUGAAUUAUUUUGUAUAUAAGAUUAGAAAUAUGCCUUCAAACAAGAAACUAAUAGCUAAAGUGAAACAAUUAGCUCAGUGGAUUUUGGUUGUGCAUGUGGUUGAAUUCUUAGAGGCAUAUUGCACACCAAAAGACACAGCUCGUCGGUCGCCACCGCGCGGCAGGCGGUCGCGGGAGCCGCGCCGGUCACCAGACGCCACUCAAUGGCGACACGAGACCCGCCGGCAGCACGACUUCGAGUCUAGCCGGAGACCGUACGACUACGGCUCGGGCAGACACUACCGCGAGUAUAACGACGAUUCGGCCCGACGGCCGGCUUACGACGCGGAAUCGGCACGACGACGCGCUGACUACGAAUCGGCGCGACGAACCGAUUUUCACCUGUCCACGCCUGGUGCGAGGCGCAGCCCGGAGAGCGCGCCCGAGGGAUCUGUAGACUCCCCGCCGGAGCCUGCACCCUCCGCACCCCUCAGACAAGACAGGCAGUCGUGCCAUCGCUCACAGCCAUACUACGAAUCCGAAUCAUCUUCGGGUGAUCGAUCUACGACAACAGACGACGAAGAGGAAUUUGGAGAGUUCGAUCCAUUCGCGACCGCACCGUCCUUGCAUUCGCCCGACAGCGGCCGCUCGGAUCCGCGCUACGCAAACGCUCCCCGGAGGAAUCCCAGCCCAUACUACUACGGCGAUCUGUUCAAGACAGCGGCUCCACCACCGGCCCCUUCGGCGCCCACAACAGCAUCGUCUCGAGGUUCUCGAUACAGAAAGUCGGCCAGUCUAGACGCACCACACGUCGCUCCCCGCCCGACAUUACCCAAGCGUUUUUCGGUGGCUGAGGAUGGGUUCCGCGAACUAGAUCGCUCGUCUUCAUCGUCGGGUGAGGGCGCGUGGAUGCCGCCGCGGCGGCGCGGGCGCGACGCGGCCGGCUGCGCGUGCGCCGCGUCCGAACAUGUAGAGGAGCGGGCCUCACGCAGCGUGUUCUACGUACCGGCGCCGUUGCCGCGCUGGCCGCAAGAGAUGACCGCGCGACAGAUAUACGAAACGGCAUUCGACUGUAAAGUCGCGCGCUCCGACGAUGACCUCGACGACUUUGACCGCGUCAGCAAUCACCCGGCGCUGCUGCAGGCGGAGGAGCGCAAAGUUAUCUCCUCCGCCUCCUCCGCUUUCGAGGCGGUCGAGCGCGGCGAACCCGACUACAAGGGUCGGCGCAAGGUCACCAUGAAGACGGACAGCGUUCGUCGCUCUAAAAUACCGACCAUACGUCAAAAGAUAGAAAACGAGAAUAACGCGAGUGCCCUGUCCGAGGAACUGGAGAAGGUCCACAUCGAGGAGGAUGGUCGGAACACAUCCACUUCACAACUCCCCCUACGCGGAUAUACUCCAUCACCUCCGUCUACGGCACCACUGCCUACUAAAUUUCAACAAAAAGACGGAUCUGCGAUGAACAGUAUAAAAAGUGCCCCUAACUUGCCACAGUCGCAACCGGCGCAUCCACGACUGAAGGACCUGAGGCUGCCAGUGAAGUCGCUGCGCGGGCGCGAUACACCGCCCAGCAGUGACGUGAGCAUGGCCGACGUAAAGUGCUCGGGCUCCACGGAUCUCGACAUCGGACAACGGCUGAGAGACUCCAGCCGCGAGUCGCGGGAGGGCGACGAUGAGAGGGCGAAAUCAAAAGACGGUAUUUUUUUAGAGAUUAAGGGUCGACCCACUUCCGAUUCUGACAUGCCAAAGUCGAAUCGGUACACGGGGCCAAAGGGGGUCGGCCCUAUAAUGGAGUUCAAAGGAAGGCCGAGCGUAGCCCGUCCGAGGAGGAAGUACUCCAGCACUGAGAGCAUGGCCACCAGCAGCAGUGGCGGCAGCAUGGAGUCCUUGCGCAGCAGCAAUAGCGAGGGCGACCGCAGCACAACUAGCACCGAGAGCCGCCACUCCUCCUCGCUCAGCUCGCACAGCUCUGACUCGGGAAACGUCCCCUUCACCAAGUCGCUGCAUCACAUGCAGCUCUCGGGGUUUGGGCAUCACCCGACCAAGCUACACAUUCUAAGCCCUAUCUCGGAUAAAUCAUCGCAAGAGCCCGGAUCGGAGACUUCGGACAAUAACAAAAACAACAAUUCUCAGAAAGUGUCGCCCGAAGACUUGGAGACGGGCAAUGCGUCUGUUAUGACUACCGACAUCGCUCCGAAAAUUAAACGCCGUGCGUUACAGAAUAAGAAUUUAUUGAAUCUCUCCUUCCGACAUUCGGUUGCGGGAGAUACGGAGAUCCAGGGAUCUGACAGCGGGAUAUCGAUACAUUCGCGGGAAGGCGUUGAUUCCCGAAAUGCUUUUAUUAAUUUCAAGAACAGUAGUAGCGUGGAAGAGGAGAAAAAGAACGAUGACGUGGAUCUAUCGGACUUGCCGUUCGACAUGCCCAAGCUGCGGCGGCGGCGCGCCGAGGCCGAGGUCGACCUUAGGACGUUGCCCUUCGAUAUGCCGAAGCUGCGUCGCAAGCUGCGCGGACAGUCCCUGCAGCUUAACAAUGACUUCGGGGAAUCCAUUUCUAAUGCUUCAUCCAGUCAGAGCGUUCAGGAUUUAAAUCAAGGUAACAAGCACAGAGCAAAGUUGACUUUAAACUUCGAUGGUAGCGGUGAAUCUGGCGGCAAGGGGCUGCAUCUGAACCUGGGCCCUAUCGCCCCGCCGCGGGACCUUAUCGACGCGUCGCUACCACUCGACCGGCAAGGGUGGUACCAUGGUACUCUUACCCGCGUGGAAGCCGAAGGUUUGCUGAGAGACGCCAACGAAGGCGCCUUCCUCGUUAGGAACAGUGAAUCUGCAAAACACGAUUAUUCUCUGAGUUUAAAGUCGACUCGUGGGUUCAUGCAUAUGCGCAUCUGCCGGGGUGCGGAGGGCUACACGCUGGGCGGCGCGGCCACCGCCUUCCCCAGCGUGCCGGCCUUACUGCGUCACUACGUCGCCGCGCAACGCCUGCCUGUGCGCGGCGCCGAGCACAUGGCGCUCGCCACGCCGCUGCCAGCUGUCCUACUCUAAACCGACCCGCGGCGCUCAGCAACCCGAAAGGAACAAUUGCUAACUAACCCGGUAAUUUGGCAGCUCAUAGCAACCAUCAGCUUUGACAAACCAUCGCAUCGAAUCCAAGCGAUUCUAAUCCGUAUUACAAUAGUGAUUAAGUGUGAUAUGCAAUGGCAGUUUAUUACGUAUUUGUAUUUAUGUUUAGCUCUUAGAUAACCCAGUGAAUAUUACCAAAGAGUAUUUAGUGUAGGAAACAAUCGUGUACGGUGUACUUUAGUUGUGACGUUCCGAUUUAAUUCGUUUUUUUCUAGUCGCGAAUAGCAGCAAAAUAAAUGUAAUUCGAUGUUUUUAGCACGUGUAAUCAAUGUUUGCUUAUCGUCUUAUCGACGAUAACCGGUUAACUUAUCGUUAUGAAUCUUCUGAAUGGAUAAGAAAGUGUCCACUAUUCUGACAGUUACAAUGCUAUAUAACAGUGGGUUUCCAUUGCCGACAUCGGCCAUUGUUAGUGACAAGCUUGUAUUAUACAUAUUGGUACCACUAUCGUUUUAUUUGUAAAAUACAAAUGGUGAUUCAGAGUUAUGUUGGCAUAAUAAUUAACUAACUUUAAUGUCAUUAGUGGCCUAUCAUAAGUAAGUUUAUUUACUAUGCGUAUAUCAUUUAUUUAUUCUUUAUUAAGCUGAUGUGUUACACGGCGUAUU